CCCAGAACGAUGGCGGAGACGAAAUACUGCAGCUCCUGCAGCAAGACGAAGCCCGCGGACGAAUUCAUCCACCCGCGCACUGGCAAGGAUGGGGCAACCUGUGCGGAAUGCAUCAUAAAGCGCAGCGCCGCCGCCAAGCGGACGGCCCCGGUCGACACGGCGGCGACGCUCCAGCUCCACACGUCACGCCUCGACGACCACGAGGGGCGCAUCGCCUGCGUCGAGGACGCGGUGUUUGAGGACGCGCCGCUGGGCGCGCCGGCCGCACCCGACGCCGGCACGUUCACCAAGUCCCAGCUCCGACGCCAGCGGCGCAGAAACAAGAAGGCGGGCCGCGCGGCCGCGCGAGUUCUAGACUUUGUGCUGGUCGGCAACGACGCGGCGAGCGAUUCGACGACGGACCUCGACUCGCUCGCGUCGACGCACUCGUGCGUGCGCGCGCUCGUCGAGGAAAACAGGCAGCUCUCGGCGGGCCUGCGCGGCAUGCGGCUCCUGCUCCGCGAUCCGUCGGCGCGGCUCUUGCAACGCGUCGGCCGCGGAAUGAUGGGGCGCCGCCGGGCCAAGUCGAGGUUUGCGGCUGUUCGGAAGAUUCAGGCCAUGGUGCGCCGUCGGGCGAAGCGCAAGUUCGCGGCGGCCGUUGAGAUCCAAAAGAUCGUGCGCGGGCUGCCCUGUGUCGCUCUCCGGCUCAAGUGCCUCCGCGCUUCCGUCGUCAUCGCCGCUGCGUUGCGCCGCUACCACGUGCUCUCGGCGACGCCACUUGGAAGACUACUCUCGAAGACGCGGCGCCUGGCAAAGGAGUUAACUGAGACGAAAGUAGCCCUCGUGGCCGAGGAGAAGAAGAAAGAGGAGUUGCUGCGCCUACGAGCUUUGGCGCUACAGAGGUUGAAUAGUGAGGUCACGAUCGUGAAAAGGGAGAAGGACGAGGCGCAGGCCAAGCUGACCAAGGCGAACGAGCAGCUCGCCGCAAACGAGCGCGAGCUGAAGAACGCCGUGCACGCGACGCUCUGCGACCCCGGUUACCACGCUUCCGCUGCACGGCCUGUUCGCGACAAAAACGCGGGCCCUAUCACGAAAGUGUGUUCGACGAUCCUGCGCGCUCUCCAGAAUCCGAAGGAUAGUUAUGGACAUAGCUUGAAGCCUGCUGUUGCCCAGAUAAUCACGAGGGAUCUCACGGUCGAGGUCACCGGGGCCACCCUCUUCGCGACAAGCCCGCAGUAUUGGAAGAACUCACCAGCAGGCAAGCAGUGGUUAUCAGCGAAUCGUGACAAAAAAAUCCCCGGGAUUGUCCGAUACCACGAAAAAUCUGGUUACGAUUACUGCAGGCCAGGAUACAAGUUUUUCCAAACGCAGGCCAAUGGGGAAGUCACUACUUUCAAUGGUGAGUAUCCUAUACUUUCAGCGGACCAGUUUGAAAUCGUCUACUAG